UCUAAUAUAAUAUAGUUUUCCCUGCCUCCCGCCCCCAAGAUGCUGGGAUUGGCUCCAGCUUCCCCGCGACCGAGGUGGAUGAAGUGGUAUGGAUAAUGGGUGGAUGGAUAAUAUAGUUUUCGAAACGCGCAUGCGCCUUUACGUAUCCCAUGCACUAUAACGGUUUUUUUCCCUUCGCGCCACGGAGGUAGUUUUUGAGGGAAUUUGUGAGGGAGUUUUGGCGGGCAGGCGUGAAUUGUCAGAAGCCAUAAGAGGUAGGAAGCAACCGGUUGUGAGCUUUUGUACGAUGGACCUGCGUUUUGUGUUCCUCUUGGCUGUAGUCCUGCUCUGCUCUCAUCCAGUUAUAGCGAAAGAUCGAGACGUGGAUGUUAUUGUGGCUAUGGCAGACACCACCAUUACAUUACCUUGCUCUAAUAUGCCACUUAAGGAGAAAAUGCUGAUAAACUGGCAGUGGUUGCCCCACGGUGUGGACAGCACCAGGCUGAUCCUUUCUGCUGACCGAAGACAGGAGUUUCUGGGCAUGCCGUCCAGGAAGGACGCCCGUCUGGCCGACUCAAGCUUCUGGAAGUCUGGAAAUUUCUCGUUGUCUAUCAGGGCCAGUGCCGAGGAUGGCGGACAUUACACAUGCCUCAUUAACCAGGCGCAGAAGACGCUGAAAGAGCAGGUCAUGCUCCUGAUCGUUCUCACAGUGUCUGCAGAUCCCCCCCUCCCUGUUCCAGAGCAGAGCACGCUGCGCCUGCAGGCAAAAGUGUCCGGGUUGAGCUCGGUCCUCAACGUUUCUUGGCUUUCCCCCCGUGGGCUGCCACUGCACUAUGAGGUGCUGCCCGAAGGGGGCGUGAUCACUAAACUGCCCAACAUCACACUUGCUGAUAAGGGAGACUACAUCUGCAAGGUCAGGCUACAGGGGAACCGUGGAAGACCAGCUUCCCUCUUUUUGUAUCCAGUGACAGUUGAUGGUAGCCGGGCAGCUAACUUCAACCACAAUACCUACAGUGCGCAGAUCUCGAAGGCAUGUCUUUCCUACACUCCUGUUUCCCUCCCCUGUCCCCCCGUUUCUGGAGACUAUGUCCUCCUGUACUGGCAGCACCCCGACAAGCGUAAAGAGAUAGAGCUCGUCUUUUCCUACGACCGCUGGAGACGAAGAGUCCGGAACGUCACCAAAUCCAACCUCAGGAUCUCGCUGUGUGACUCGGCCAGGCAGGGCGAGUUGGGCUUCGUGCUGACACCUCGACCCGAGCACGGGGGCGUGUUCAUCUGUGAAGUCUUCCAGGAUGACAACGUCUACAGCCAGAGCCUGAGGCUCAGCGUGCUGCAUGUUGCGGCACAAACCCGACUCUCUGUAGCAUAUCUCACCUGCCGGUACUCAGAGCGCAUGCAGGUGCGAGUGGUCACCUGGACUCACCAGUAUCCCAACCGCUCACUGAAUUGGUACUCCAAAACGCCAGGUGCCAUCAUUACCGAGGUCCAGUUACCACCCCGACCUGAGACCGCUGGCAAUUACACCUGCACCCUGGAGCUGAACAACGGGGAAAAGAUCGACACUGUGCACGUGGUGAGGCUGGCCAGUGAUGAAUCACCCAUUCCAUCCCCUUCUCCUUCUUUGCCUUCUUCCCAUUCUUCUCCUUUCCCCUAUCUCUCUAUCCUGGGGGUCCUGCUUCCGGUGGUUGCCGUGGCUAUUGGCGUGUUGCUAUGGAAACUCAGAGCACACAAAGCUUGCCCUGGUAUCGAGCAAUCAUUGUCUCACCACUCAGGAGAGGUGGAAAAUAUUUAUGAAAACCCUGAAGAUCUGAGGCAGGCACAGAGCUCGAUCUACAUGGACCUGAAGCCCACCAGCCAGGAUGAUGUGUACAGGGAGCUGGACAGAUAUGAACACCGCCCAUACUGAUGCCUGACACAUCGCCAUUGUUGUCGCAGCCCUCCGGCAUACAGAGAGAACUUCUGUGUUUCCGGAGCCAAAGUACAUUUCGCUGUGUGGCAUGUGGGAUGUCGCAGGGGCUCUCGCUGGGUACCGCUGUGGCCUCGCACCUCCAGAAUACUGGGUUUGAGUUGUAGUUCAUGGUUUUUUCCCCCCACAGUCCCAAAGACCUUCAGAUUGCUGUCUCUAAAUUUCCUUCUUUGCCUGUUUAUUUGUGCCACAUUGUAUCCAGGAUGCUUCCUGGAAUAGGCUCCAGGAUGGAGGGAUAGAUAGAGGCAUGGAUGGAUGAACAUAUUUUCACUUGGAUAUUUAGAUACACAAAUAUUUUUAUCUUCUGAAUUAUGCAAAGUUGUAUUGAAUUUAAAAGCAUAAAAGCCAGUCUGUGCUCCUAAAACAGCCACUGGGUCUGUUAUUCAGAAACCAGGUUUUUCUCACCUGUUGUAAUUCAGCUCACUCUCACCAUCUCAUGUGACACCGCUUUGUACAUUCUCUGCAAAUUUUGUUUCAUAAAAAAUAUUUUUUUGCUUUGUAUUGUUUCCUGUCCAGUUAUCUUGUUUAUAUAUGAAAAAACAUUGACUAUAGCACAUAAAAUGAUUAAAAUCAUAAAAUAAUCUUUC